AUGCCUAAGGGAAAGAAGACGCGCGUACUUCCUUCCGGUUCCAGCCUGAAGCAGAAGGCCGCGGCUGAGAGAGACAAGGCUGCCCGUGAGGAGGGUCAAGCUCGGCGAGAACAGCGACGGGAUGAGGGACCCCUUCCGAGUGACAACGUGGCCACCCCGAACUGGGACGACCUUGAGCGUUUUGUCGUCAUGCUCAUCGAGCGGAUGGAGAAGGAGGCUCAGGGCAAAGGCGUUACGGCGCAAACAGUGGAAGAUCUUGCGGACGCUAUCGAGGCCGAGUGGCCGGCCUACGUCGCCCAACUUCAAUCCCACCGGGAGUGA